UGGUUGCUUACGCUGCUGCUGUUUGAGCCUUUUGAGGAACUUGGUGCGGGUUGUGGAGCUUCAUUCUGGAUUCUGGCGGAGGGCGGUGCUGUUUUGUGAACCAUCAACUGUGCGAAUUUGUCAGUUACUGUAAUCGUCAGCUGGUCCCUACACGCGAACCGCUGACGGGACCGAGCCACCUCACAGAUGGCACUCGGGUCAGCAUGGGCGUGGAUGAGAGGAUCGGCGUCGAGGGUCGGUAGCAACAGGCCAUUCGCGCUCGGCCUGCAGACGGCCAGAUAUCUCCUCCAGUAUGGCCUCUGGCUGCCCGUCAUCGCGUACGUCAAGGCCAACGUGGCCGACCUGGCCUGGAUCAAAGGCCCGUCCAUGUACCCGUUCUUCAACCCGCAGUUCAACCAGACGCUGCGUCAAGACGUGUGCUUAAGCGUCAAGUGGAACGCCCAGGACAAGCUCGAGCGUGGCAUGAUUGUCGAGUUCUGGGCGCCUCAUGAUCCAAACAAGAUCUCAGUCAAAAGGGUGAUUGGUCUGGAGGGCGACAUCAUCCGCACCCGCAAGGGUUCGUUCGUCCACGUCCCCCAGGGCUACAUCUGGGUGGAGGGAGAUGGCGGCGCAAGCCUCUCGCGCGACAGCAACAACUACGGGCCGAUAUCUCGACGGCUCAUCAGGGGCAGGCUCACCCGCAUCCUCUAUCCUUUUCAUCGGGCGGGCAGGAUCAGGUGGGAGGAGCACGAGCAUGCCUCGAUUCACCAGCGUGCACAGCGCGCGCCGAGAUUUUGGUGAAGGCUGGUCGACGCCGACGCCAGGGUCUUUCCUUUUUCUUGUGCAUACUACACAACACGCCUGCCUUGCCAUUGGCCGCCAGAAGACAUUCUGUCUAUCUUGUUAGUGAAAAGCCAAUCGAAAUACCACCUCUGUGACGAUAUUAGAAGUUGGUGCCGGGUUCACAGGAGCAAUGUAAUUACUUCCAUGGCAAAUUCCUUUCACGCGCCACGCCUUCACGAUUUCAGGAAGCCCU